CCGCCCCCAAGAAGUUCACCAGAUCUUGGAAGUUGCGGGUUCGGGGCGCAUCGUGCUACUGCUCGACUUGCCGAAUAGGCUGCUACGGUGACUGCAUGGUAGCGAAGGUGUACCCCGACUUGGUUGGCGAGGUGAUGGAGAAGUCGGGAAAAGAGAUGGUUGGGAGACGCACGCUUGGGACUCAAUUGACCGGCGUUAUUCUUCCGGUCAUAUCUUCGGACGAGUCCCCAGUGGCGCCUACGCUUGACGAGAGCAUGGGGGAGGUGGGUGGGGGAGGGGAGAAGGAAGAUGAGGGAGAGGAGGAGGACGAUGAGGGGGAGGAGGAGGAGGAGGAGGAGGGGGAGGAGGAGGGGGAGCGGGAGGAAGCGCAAUACGUAAGCUCAAGAGGUCGCGUAAGUAUCGCGAAGAAGAGGUUCCCGGAGGUGGGCUAGGGAUGGAUGGAUGUGUUGGCUGCCAACCACAAGAAUGGAACUCGUCGACGUUUGUU